GUUUUAAAUACUUGGCAUGAGGGGGAAAAAACUCAAACCUAUACCCGAAGGUAUAAAACAUUAAUUCUGUUUGUCUCCUGCUCCAGGGACCUGGGUGCAGCCGGAUGCUUUGUGAAACUUUAAAAAUGUUGCAUCUCUGCUUCUCUCCUGGCACAGGAGCCCUCCCAGGCGCCGAGUCCCUGCAGCUGCAGCAUCCAGCCACCGACCCAGCUCCUGCUGACCACGAUGUCGGAACACAGAGGCACAAAGUCAGGGCAUGCGAGUAAGGGCCGGGGACCCGGAGAGGGCGCAGGCCACGCCGUGGCCGCUCCUACUCGGCACCUGCUCCCGAGGGCAGAGGUCCAGUGGCCGAGUCGGCCGCUCCGGACGUCCGCGUACCCCAGGCCCCCGCCCGCCCUCCCACUUUUCCCUUUGUCCCUGCACUUCUCGGCGCGGACCCUGCGCGACCAGAAGCGGCGGCGGGGGGAGCUAGAGGCUCACCGUGAGCUCGGGACGCCAGCAGAGAGCGCCGGCCCCACAGAGCUGGGCAGUGGCGGUCCGUGUAUGGACCCCCGAGGCGCGCCCGCUACCCGCGGAGCCCCGAAGUGGGGCUGCGAAAAACCAAAGGUAUAUCAAGGUGUCCGCGUGAAGAUCACAGUGAAGGAGCUGUUGCAGCAAAGAAGGGCACACCAGGCAGCCUCGGGGGGAACCCUGUCCGGGGGCAGCAGUUUCCACCUUUCAGACCCAGUUGCACCAUCUUCUGCAGGACUGUAUUUUGAGCCUGAACCGAUUUCUUCUACGCCCAAUUAUUUUCAUCCCCGAGAAUUUUCCAGCUGUGUUUCUUGUGAAGAAAACCCAAGCUGCCUUGACCAGAUCUUUGAUUCUUACCUUCAGUCAGAGACGCACCCGGAGCUCAAUUCCACGCAAAGUGCCCCACACUAUUUCCCAGACGGCUUCCAGGCUGCCCCUUUCUGCUUUAAUGAGAGCCUGACCCCAGGAUCACCUUCAGAUUCCUCCACUCUCUCUGGCUCCUUAGACUACAGUUACUCACCAGCUCAGCAGCCUUCAUAUGCUCCGGAGAAUUACACUUCUCCCCCUUCUCUGGACACCAGACACUGUGGCUACCCCUCAGAAGACUACUUCUCCCAUCACUUGCCCUCGCACACCCAGUACAACUGCUUCUCCUCGGCCACCGCCUCCGUCUGCUACUGCGCCUCCUGCGAGGCAGAGCACUUGGAUGCUCUCCGAGCGUCAGAGUACUUUUCCUAUCCCAGUACAGACUGUGUGGAACUUGCCCCCUCAACAGCAGCCGCCAGUGAUUUCUAUAAGAGGGAAACAAACUGUGACAUCUGCUAUAGUUAAUAGAAAUUACACUCAUUUGGAACAUGGCAUGGGUAUAUCUGUUUUUCUACCACAUCUAGAUGACACUUCGAAAUAUACAACUCAUUAACAAAUAUCACAAGCACCGUUUACAUGUCACCAUUUGCAAUUUUCUGAUGCUCACUUAGGCAUAAAUAUGAAGUCCUCAAACCUGGUCACAGUGUCACUCCUACUUUGUAUGCUCACAGUUAAAAUUUUUAUAGGGAACUUUCAAUUGUUUUACUUUUCUGUGUAACGAACAAAUUCUGUCUUUUUUUUUUUUACUAAUAAAUAAUUUUGUAUUAC